ACCGCCAAUAAACACAAAGAAGAAAAACGCUAAGCAAGAAGAAGCUAGCUGGAACUUCUGGGAAGAUGCAUAGCCUCUUUAUUCAGAUUCCCGUUGGCGUCUGAGGGGAACCAUGAUUUCAGUCAGUUACAUCUUGCUGUGCGGUCAGUUCCUGCUGCUGUUAGCUGUUAUUUUGUUGCAAUGUUUGGCAGGAAUUCACUCCCAGAACUCGAGCACCACAGCCUCCACCGCUGCUUCAGCGUCUUCUCCCACACAGGGAGUCUCCUCGCUGCCCAUCAGCGAGCAGCCCGAGCUGCUGAAGUAUGAAGUCCCGGCGGACAACAACACGGAGCUGUAUGAAUACAGGCCCCCGUCUCCGGUCGUUCUCUGCAGCCAUCUACCUGAAGAGUUCAUCUACUGCCAGGAUCCUGUGGAUCAUGGAGGAAACUACAGCGCCUUCCAGGAGAUGGGCCACGGCUGCGUUGGGUGGGGUGGCCAAACAAAGAAGGAAGUGAACCACACGCAGGUUAUCUGUACUGCACUGGAUGAUAUUGAAUGUGCAGGACCCAGGGAAUUCCUCCGGGGGGACGUGCCUUGCAUCAAAUACACCGGACACUACUUCAUCACCACACUGCUGUACUCCUUCUUCCUGGGAUGCUUCGGCGUCGACCGCUUUUGCCUGGGCCACACGGGCACAGCAGUGGGGAAGCUGCUCACCCUGGGAGGCCUGGGAAUCUGGUGGUUCGUGGACCUGAUCCUGCUUAUUACCGGCGGGCUGAUGCCCAGCGAUUACAGCAACUGGUGCACCUACUACUGAGGACAGCAGAGCAUGCCACAGAAGUGCAGCCACAUUUCUGUCUGAUAUUUAUUAGCUUAAAUCUGAAGAACUGGACAGAGGUGGAGACAUCCUACAGGGGUGAUGAGUCUGUGGGAAAUUUUCUUAAAAUUUCGAGCAUUGCAAAUGAUAACUUAUGUUAGAAUUCAAAACAAAUAUAGAGAUAAACAAGUCUUAUUUAAGUUAGAACUUCCUAAUGUUUGUUUGUAAAUUUCAGCCUGACUUUCAAAAUGUAGAUAAAGCCAUAAUGACUGGGAUGGUAGAUCAGACAGACUAAGGAAGUCUGAUCCAUGUUGUAAAUAAUAUUUUACCAUAAAAAUGUUGUUGUAUUGAUGUAAGAUUUUCAGUGGAUGACUUUUUUUUUUUUUUGUUGCUUUUACACUACAGCAUGUUUCCUUGGAAGGCAAAUGAGUUUGACUAACAGUUUACCUAAGAGGAACAACAAAUGAAUUUUAUUGGACUAAAAGUCCAAAUACUUCAGAAAUCCGUUGCCCGAAGGUCUUACAGUUCGGCAGAUUGAUUAUUAGCUUCACUCAUUUUACUAUGGUUUACCAUAGACCUAUUAUACGCAUAUAUAAAGGACCUGCAUGCAGGCCCACCAAGUAGCGGGGUGUUGAGGGUUGUGGUUGUAACGGAUCUGAUGUCCUGUGAAAAUCAGAGCAGAGCAGACUAAAACAAUGUGGGAGCGGCUUCCUAUCCUAAUUUAACUGCGUCACCAGCUGUCAUCAUGCAACACCUCCCAGUUGUGUCAGGGCCUGGCUAUAUUCCUCCACCAACCAUGCAGUUGGUAAAAACUCUGGGCACUUGAUCUGAUCUCUCAUUAAAAGGACUUUAGACCGUAAGAAUGAUAUGAUAGCGGUUUAGAAACCUCAGCUUUUUACAACCUCAGUAUUUCCUGAUACUGGUAACCAGCCCAGGUCCAGAUGUGAGAUGAAGAGCUUCAGAUUGCCAGUAUCGGCACAUGUGAGGUAUGUUUUGUGACGUCGUCUCUCUUUAGACGUUCACAACACUUUAAUCAAUGAUUGCUGGAUAAAUAUUGUGUGUCAUUUUACCAGACACUGUAAAUGUGAAAGAGUCAAAACAUUAUUGGUUAAGAUGCAUCAUUGGAGCUUGUUGGGUAGAUGAUUUUAGAGAUCUGUCUCAUCUGUAUGGGUUUCAUUGUAGAACCGAUCAUAAAUUAUAGAGCUGUUAAAUAGAACGCUGCAGUUCUAUAAAAUAAAACUGGUAAAGUUGGUAAAAAACACAACUAAAGUAGAACAGCUUCUUCUUGUUUAAUUUUCAAUGAAAAUGCAAGUAAUUUGGGAACCUGUUUACAGAAAUACAAAAAGAAAAUACAAAUUACAAUUUUAGGACAUAAACAUGAGUCUGGAGAUGCACCGAUCAGAAUGUUUUAGAUUAGAAUUAUUAUUAGAAAUAUUAUUGGAUUAGAAGCUCAAUCUCUAUUGGUUUUUAUGUUACAUUUUUUCCUUAAGGUUACUACAGAAGAUUAGAAUUUGUGAAACUGUUCAGACGUGAACCAAAGCGGCUCUGCUGUGGUUCAGCAUACACUGACCCGGCCAGUUUCUGUCAUCUUCCUUGUAAAUGUUUUCCUUAUUCUGUGCAACCUCAUAUUCACAGCAUCUGUUUUGUUUGGAUUAAGUACUUUUUUCAGUAUCACAUCAUAUAAAUGAAAGCUUCAAUGCCAAAUCCUGGUUUAUUUUUCAUUGCCUGUGUUCAGCUGUUCACUGAUGUACACGCAGGUUAAAGGUUCCCAAUUAAACAAGUAGAGUGUA